GAUAUUGGCAACGUCGCAACCAUUUGGCGGGAUAGCGUCAUUGUAUUUGUACCCGGUCGGAUUUCAUCAACUGUUCUACAAUCACAACUUAUUUGAUUUCAUACCGAGUGUUGCAACAAUAACAAAAAAUGGGUGAUAAAGGCGACGCCGAGACCUUCGACGAUGCCGUUGAAGAACGAGUCAUCAACGAAGAAUACAAAAUCUGGAAGAAAAACACCCCUUUCUUGUACGACCUGGUGAUGACACACGCUCUGGAGUGGCCAUCCUUGACCGCCCAGUGGCUCCCCGACGUGACAAGACCCGAAGGCAAAGACCAUUCCAUUCACCGACUAAUCCUGGGCACUCACACUUCGGACGAGCAAAACCACCUACUGAUAGCGAGCGUGCAGCUGCCGAACGAAGACGCCCAGUUCGACGCUUCUCACUACGACAACGAGAAGGGCGAAUUCGGGGGCUUCGGCUCGGUUUCAGGGAAGAUAGAAAUCGAGAUUAAAAUCAACCACGAGGGCGAAGUCAACAGGGCGAGGUACAUGCCCCAGAACCCUUGCGUCAUCGCCACGAAAACCCCCUCAAGCGACGUGCUUGUCUUUGAUUACACAAAGCACCCCAGCAAGCCGGACCCCAACGGCGAAUGUCACCCGGAUUUGCGGUUGAGGGGGCACCAGAAGGAGGGGUACGGCUUGUCGUGGAACCCUAACCUCAACGGGUACUUGCUGUCGGCUAGUGACGACCACACGAUUUGUCUGUGGGAUAUCAACGCCACUCCGAAGGAAAAUCGGAUUAUUGAUGCUAAGACGAUUUUCACGGGGCACACGGCGGUGGUUGAGGACGUCGCUUGGCACUUGUUGCACGAGAGCCUGUUCGGGUCGGUGGCCGAUGACCAGAAGUUGAUGAUUUGGGAUACUCGGUGCAACAACACGAGCAAACCGUCGCACACUGUGGACGCACACACGGCUGAAGUUAACUGCUUGAGUUUCAACCCCUACUCCGAAUUUAUUUUGGCUACGGGGAGCGCCGACAAGACUGUGGCUUUGUGGGAUUUGAGAAACUUGAAGCUGAAGCUUCACAGCUUUGAGUCGCAUAAAGACGAAAUUUUCCAAGUGCAGUGGAGCCCCCAUAAUGAGACCAUUUUGGCGUCUUCAGGCACCGACAGGAGGCUGCACGUGUGGGAUUUGAGCAAGAUCGGGGAAGAACAGAGCCCUGAGGACGCGGAGGACGGGCCCCCCGAGCUGCUUUUCAUCCAUGGGGGACACACUGCCAAGAUUUCAGAUUUCAGCUGGAAUCCCAACGAGCCCUGGGUCAUCUGCUCAGUGUCCGAGGAUAAUAUCAUGCAGGUGUGGCAAAUGGCCGAGAAUAUAUAUAAUGAUGAAGAACCUGAGCAACAGGCCGAUAUGGAGACUCCCGCUAAUUAGGUGUUUUAACUUAUUUUGUUAGUUUAUAGUGUUACCUGUAAUGUUUACAUUCUUUCUUUGGAACAUUUUCUUCAUGUUGAAAUGUGAUUUUCUCAGUUUAUGUCUGCACUUGUUUGCGCGCUGUAAAACCAUGAUUUUGGAGAUAGAUUUUAAGUAUUUUUACAAAUAAACAAGUAAUCGUCAAAAAGUA